CCACAUUUUGACGUUGACGUAUGAUUUGUUGACAGUAUUCGAAUUUCGAAUUUAUUUUUUAAACAUUUUUGAUAAAAGAAUUUAUUCGAUAUUCUAUUAGAAUUGCAGGUUUUCAAUAAUGGGCGAAGGUGAUUACGAACACGUUGAAGUAUCCAAAAAAGGAAGGCAUAGAAAGAAACAGUUGUACAAUUCAAUUCUAAAACUGAUGGAAUUUUACUUUAGCGAUUCUAACCUAGCUAAAGACAGAUUUUUGUCCCAACUUAUAAACGAGGAUCCUUAUAUCGAUUUGAGUACAUUUUUAAAAUUCAACAGAAUUAAAAAACUAAAUUGCGACUUAGAAGACAUACGCAAAGCAAUAAGUAAAUCAGACCUAAUAGAAUUAUCGGAUGAUAGGGAAAAAGUUAAAAGAAAAUUACCAAUUAAAUUGAACCAAAACGUAGACAAUUGCACGGUAUAUGUAGAAAAUAUCAAAGCAGAUGCUGAUCAUGAGUGGGUUUCACAAUUUUUCUUAGAAUUCGGAAAUGUAGUGUAUGUAUCCAUUCCAAAAUACAAACACAACAAAACCAACAAAGGUUUCGCUUUUGUUGAAUUUGAAAAUGAAGAAGGUGCUAAAAAUGCCUUGACUUAUUUCGAAACCAUUGGAUGUAAAAUGCCAUCAGAAACCAGUCCAGAAAAUUUAAAAAGUAUACAAACCUUUGAAGAAAAAAGUGAUAUGGAUGUUACAGAGGAGAAAUGUGAAGAGAAAAUUGAUGAAAAAAGUAAUGUUAAUGUAAAAGAAGAGAUUUCAGAAAAGAAAGAAUUGUCUGAUACAGAAAAAUCUUCCAAGAGGAAGCUAGAAGAAGAAGAUUCUGUAGUAAGUAAGAAAAUAAAAGUAGAACAUGUUGAAAGUGAACCAAAACUUGAAGAACACAAUCAAAUAAUGGAAGCAGAAGAUGCAGACAGCAAGAAAAAGAAGAAACACAAGAAAGAUAAGAAAAAAAAUGUCAUUAAAGAGUUGGGAAUUCAAGUACUAUCCAAGCCAGAAUGGAAGAAGAUGCGAAACAGAUAUUUGGACCUUCAGAAAAAGAAAAUGAAAGAGUUCAAGCAGUAUUUAAACAGACAAAGAUUCGCCCCGAGGGGUUACGACAAAAAUUUAAGAAAGAUAAACGUUGAAAUACCACAAAUCAAAGACGAACCCAAAGAAAAAUUGGAAUUUGUUUCCGGUGUUAUAGUUAAAGUCAAGUUACCGGAGCCAAUCAUAGAUGCCAAAAAAAUUAAGAACGAAAUAAAGGUUUUAUCCAGCGACAUCAAAUACGUGGACAUUCCGUUGCCGGCAGGCAGUGAAGAAAUUUUCGUGCGAUUUUCGAACAACAAAGACGCCAAAGACUUUUGUUCCAAAGGGUCGGUCGGAGAAAAAACAGUUUUAGAAGGAGACGAGGAACAAACGUAUUGGGAGAAAAUCCAAGCUGAUAGGGACAGUAAAUUUUCAAAAAACGUUAAAAAACAGAGGGGGAGAGAUAAAUUGUUGAAGAAAGCUGAGAAGGAGAGAGCGAAGCAUAUUAAGUUUGAAGAGGGAGAAUAAACAUUAGUAAUAAGUAGUAUUAAUGUUAAUGGUUUUAAUAAUAAUCGUUUCUAAGCAUGAGAU